AUGGACGUCGAAGCGCUUCCCUUCCCCAAGGAAGGAAUCCUCCCCAAGGCUGAGACAGAGGCCUCCAAGUUCAUCGAGGAGCAUCCCGAAUGGGACGGGAGAGGCAUCAAGGUGGCGAUCUUCGACACGGGGGUCGACCCCGGCGCCGCAGGCCUGCUCGUCACCUCCGACGGGAGACCCAAAAUGAUUGACGUGGUGGACUGCACGGGGAGCGGAGACGUCGACACCAGCGAGGUCGUCGAGCUGAAGGAGGGCGAGACCACGAUCACGGGCCUUUCAGGGAGGACGCUCAACUUGGGGAGCCGGACAUGCCCGUCAGGGAAGUUUCAUCUUGGGUUGAAGAGGGCGUACGAGUUGUUCCCGCGCCCUCUGGUCAAGAGGGUCAAGGAGGAGAGGAAGGAGUCCUUCCUGGUGAAGCAGCAGGAGGCCGUCGCGGCGGCCCAGGCGGCGCUCAGAGAGUGGGAGAAGAGCCACAAGUCACCCAAUGACAAGGAGAAGAAGGAGCGCAAGGACCUGGAGCAGGUGGUGGACGCGCUCAAGGAGGCGAUGGAGCAGUAUUCGGAUCCGGGGCCUGCCUUCGACUGCGUCGUCUACUCAGACGGCGAGAGGUGGCGAGCGCUCAUCGACUUCCAGGAGAGCGGGGAUCUGCAGGAGGUGAAGGCGCUGGCCACCUUCAGGGAGGAGCGGGAGUUUGUCACCCUGUCCUCAGUGAGGGGGGUAAGGGACCAUUCUGUCCUGCUCAACGUCUGUGUUGGCAUCUUCCAAGAGGGCGACCUCCUGUCCAUCGUCUGCGAAGCUGGCUCCCACGGCACGCACGUCGCAGGCAUCGUGGCCGCCAACUUCCCUGAUGACCCGAAACUCAACGGCAUCGCUCCCGGCGCUCAGAUCGUGUCGUGCAAGAUCGGAGACUCGCGCCUGGGAUCGAUGGAGACUGGAACCAGCCUGAUCCGCGCGUUGAAGGUGGCCAAGGACAACGGGUGUCAACUGAUCAACCUGAGCUAUGGGGAGAGCUUCGUGCACGACAAGAGCGGGCGCGUGCCGGAGCUGAUCAACGAGUUCGUGAACAAGCAUGGCAUCAUCUUCGUCUGCUCCGCGGGCAACAACGGCCCAGCCCUGUCGACCGUCGGGGCUCCAGCCUGCAUGUCCUCCUCCUUCAUCAGCGUCGGGGCCUUCGUUUCACCCGGGAUGAUGGAGGUGGAGUACUCGCUGCGGGAGACUCUCGCUUCCACCAACUACACCUGGUCCUCCCGCGGCCCCUCCCCCGACGGAAACCUUGGCGUCACCAUCUGUGCUCCAGGAGGAGCGAUCGCACCAGUGCCGACGUGGACGCUGCAAGGGAAGCAGCUCAUGAACGGCACGUCCAUGUCCUCGCCCAACUGCUGUGGAGGCCUCGCUCUCAUCCUCUCCGCCCUGCUCUCGGGUGCGGCAUCGUGGACGCCGGCGAGCAUCCGGCGGGUCAUCCAGAACUCAGCCCUCAAGGUGGAGGGGAUCGAGCCCUGGGCUCUUGGACCUGGUCUGCUCCAGGUCGACAAGGCAUUCCAGCACUUCAAGGCACAUCAGAAUCGUUCGGUUGCAUUUGACGUUCCUAUCGACGUGGUAGUGCCUGCAAGGGAUGACGCGAGGGGUUUGUACCUCCGAGACCUCUCCGAAGUCUCCGAGGUCUUUGCGGCCAACCUCUUUGCCAGCCCAAAGUUCCACGACGAGUGCGACAACAGGCAGAAGGUCGCCUUUGAGGUCAAGGUCUCGGUCAAGUCGACCGCCUCAUGGUGCGAGGUCCCCAACUUCUUGAUGCUCAACGCUUCGGGGAAGGGCUUCGAGGCUCGAGUCGACCCCUCCUCCCUCCCCACCGGAGCUCACUUCUGCGAGAUCCUCGGCUUCGACUCUGAAUGUCCUUCCCUGGGACCGAUCUUCCGCUUCCCCGUGACGGUGAUCAAGCCGAUGACCAUCCCUCCUGGCGACUUCUCGCUCUCCCUGCCUGCUCAGCGCUACCUGCCUGGAACUCUUGACCGUCACUUCCUCUCCGUUCCCCGUGGGGCUACGUGGGCAGAGUUCACCGUGAAGCCGAAGCAGCUGGAAGGCAACCACAUGCUCGUCCUCCACUGCCUCCAGGUUCUCCCUUCCUCCCCCGUCACCUCUCGCAACCCAUCGGAGCUCGACAAGUACCUGCGGCUGAAGCCCUUCACCAACGUGACGGAGCGGGUGAGCGUGCGGGGCGGAGUGACGCUGGAGGUCUGCAUGUGCAAGUGGUGGGCGAGCAUCGGGGAGGUGGAGGUGGACAUCGAGAUCGUCUUCCACGGCGUCGAGGUCUCGUCCGAGGUGCUCGCCAUCGGGUCGGCCGAGCCCGUCAGUCUCUUCCUGUCUGCCCCUCUGAGGAGCGAGACGAUCUCCCUCUCCUCCAAGCUCACGCACCUCCGCAAGCUCCUCCGGCCCACCAAGUCCUCCAUCAACGUCCGGUCGCCGGAGAGGGACCUUCUGCCCAACAACCGGCAGAUCUACGAGAUGGAGCUCUCCUACAGCUUCGAGCAGACGGAGAAGGAGGCGGUCAAGGUCACCCCCCGCGCGAGCAUGUUCGAGGUCCUCUACGACUCCCCCCUGGACUCGCAGCUCUGGAUGAUCUUCGACUCCAACUCUCAGCUCAUGGGGUCCGGGGAUGGCCUGCACACCUACGACGUCUCGUUGCCCAAGGGCAAGUACUCCCUGCGCCUGCAGCUGCGGCACGACAGCAAGUCCUUGCUCGACAGCCUCAAGAGCCUCGUCCUCUGCCUGGACUUCGCGCUCGCCAAAGAGCUCUCGUGCAGAGCCUUCGCCUCCUACGGCGCCGCCAUCACCAACGGGGAAAAGUUGAGCAAGAAGACCCUGACGCGCGGGGAGCGAGUUAGGGUCUUCUUCACGGGCCCCUCCGACAAGGUCGCAGGAGGAAAGCCAGGCGACGUCCUGCUGGGCUCGAUCGCGUGCGGGGAGGUGAAGAACGCGUGCAGGGUCCAGGUCCUGCUGCCCCCCGAAGAGAGCAAGGAGGAGCAGGACAAGGACGAAAGCUCCAAGAAGAAGACGCCGGAGGAGCGGCAGGCCGAGCAGAUGCUGGAGGCCAAGAUCAAGGUUCUCAAGUCCCUCAGGGAGGACAAGAUGCCGAGCGAGUUCGAGGCCCUGGCCAAGGAGCUCCGAGCUGAGAACCCCAAGAACGUGCAGGUUCUGAAGGAGAUCCUCUCCAAGAGGGAUGUGGAGGGAGACAGUGCCGAGGCAGAGCAGCAGAGAAAGUCAAGGUGCCUUGAAGCCAUCGAGGCCACCAACUGGGUCCUGGACUCGGUCGACCAGAAGGAGUUGGCGGCGCACUAUGGGCUGAAGCAAGUCAAGGACGACCCUGAGAGCAAGGAGAAGUGCAAGGAGAUGGACAAGCUGAAGGAGAUCUUGAUCGAUGCUCUUCUGUGUCGCCUCGAGAGGUUUCAAGAGCUUCUGCUUCCUGCUCCUUCUGCGGAGCUCAUGCCGGACGUCGACCUUGCGCUUGCGGGAUGUCAAGACAAGUCCCCUGCCGACUUUCUCAAGGAGAACCUUGAGAACCUGAACCAGUGGACGGCUAGCGAUCAGAAGUUCGAGCAGCUGGUGCGGUACACGAGUAUCACGUCAGCUGUCAAGCGGCGACAAGGACGCGCGGGAGGAGCCCUAGAGGACCUGCUGAAGGUGAUGAAGAGCAACGAGGGGCCUCCGUCGAAGAAGAUUGUGUCCGAGCUCGAGGCCAUUGCUGAGCAGAUGGGAUGGACACACUGGAAAUUCUACUACGUGAACCUCAAGCAGAAGUUCUUCCCCAAGAAGACGCUUCCCUUCUAG